AUGGUCGUAGCUGGUCCGCCUGGAGCAUGUCGAAUUCUGGAGCAUCCUGUCGAGCUCAUCGAGCUCAUCGAGCUCAUCGAGCUCAUGCUCACACGCGGUGACCGGACCGACAUCUUGAACACUAGAGCAACAUGCAGGGAUCUCGAGGCCAAAUCGAGAGCGAUGCUGAUCGACAAUUUCUUUCGUGACCGAACCUUUAUUUUGGCGGACAGAACAAGUAUCAGCCGUCUGCUCGGGAUCUCGAAGCACCCUGUCUUCUCUAAGACCAUGCAAUCUAUCAUCUUCACUGUUGAACAGCUUCGACCUCUUGAUAGACGAUGGCAUCAGUCUACAACCGCUGGAAGUGUUGAUCUCAGCACAACGCCUAGAGAGAAGAGAAUCAUGCUGAGGGAGACAGCAAAGGUGAUUGCAUCUCCAAAGGACGAAGCGAAGCGUUGUCAGCACGAAGUUGAAACACAGCUCACUGCAAUGUUUACCAACUUCCUCCACGCGGCAUGUGUACUCGCUAUCUUCGCAGUCCAUGACUGUAAUAUGGAGUCAACAGGACGUCGAUGCGGAGUCUAUGGGUUGAGUCGUCGAGGCGGGCUGUCUGAGUACCCCAAACCAGUGGCAGGGUCCACCUUAUUGCACCCAGGCUACGCAUGCAACAUCAUCCUGGGAACUCUCAUCCGGUCAGGCUACCCGCCAGAGGUUGUUGAGCUAGGCAGCAUCUACAUAUCGAACCUCCGUUUCGACGACAACGUCUUUGUUGCGUCCAGACUGCGUCGACUAGUCCUCGACAUCGAUUGUACUGCCAGAUUUGGAUCUAGCAAUGAAGACGAAACCAACACGAUGCAGACGGAUAUGGCAACAUUGUCUCGCCUCCUAUUAACAGCAACAGAGCUACGGGAUCUGGCGCUGGAGACCCACAUUGAUCCAGGAGCACAGCGCCGGGGAGCAAUUCUAAACAGCAUUCUCGGCAUUCCAAACACGGCGCUCAUGAGACUCGAGUGCUUGAUAAUCGACCAUCUGAUCCUCAACCAACCGUCAGCAUUGGAAGACUGUGCCAAGGUCCGGCGGCAGACUCUGCGGGUGGUGAAAGUUGGUUCGUGGGAACCUCGUCGUGAUAGCCAGAUGGAGGAUAUCAACUUGAGGGUCUUAUUUGGAGUGCCGAGAAAGAGGAUAUGGAAGUUUGCAUUCACACGAAACGAGGCAGAGCUAAGGGGAGGUAUUGAAGAGAAGUGCAGUCUCGCUUUCGUUGAAUUUGUGCUCGUGCGCCGUACUUGGGCUCGCCUAUGA